GAUUUCGUUCUUGUUUAUCCGAUCCGAUCUAUGGAUGGAGACUUAUCUUAUCACGUUUGUGUACAAUGAAAUGAAUAUUAUAAUUUGAAUGAAUUUUAAGCGUCAGGGAGCAGUCGGUGCUAUUGUUUGAAGGAAGUCUUUUGUUGUAUCAAAUAUCAGCAAAAUGUCAUCGCAGGUUGAUAAGAUAGCAAGCAUUUUUCAGUCAGUGGCCCAAAUUCCGGCAUUGACAGGAGCAUGGAUUGUAAGAAACAAAUCCCAUAUUAUUGUUGAGUCUGGUUGGACGCAGCGAAACAUUAUUAGGAAUAAAAUGACUAAAUUUCGUCGUACAUAUUUUAUGGACAAUAAUUUCUCGAAUUGCUCAAUGGAAUUUGCUGAAAAAAAUAAUGAGUUAUUAGUAUCAAACACUCUUUUGGCUAAUGGACGAGCAGUAGUUACACAAGCAGAAGCAACAGAUUCAAAAGAAAAGGCCAAACAGUAUGUUGAGAUUUGGAAAAAUGGACAGCUUGAAAAAUGUUUUGAUGUCUUUGCUCUUGAUGUUCACGGGGAAAUCUAUUGUGAUACUGAGUUCUCUACUCUUGAAUGGUCAUCAUGUGAAAAAAAAUUAUUGUAUAUCGCAGAAAAGAAAUCUGAUCCUGUUGAAUCAUUUUUCAAAGUUAAAGCUCAAAACGCUAAAGAGGAUGGCACCACUCAUGUGAAGGGCGGUGAAUAUAAUUUCAAAGAAGAAUGGGGAGAGAACCUGGUUGGGAAAGUGAAAUCUGUUCUUGUAACCCUCAAUAUUUAUGAGCAGAAAAGCAUAUCCGUUGCUGAUUGUAUUCCUGAAAAUUUAUGUCCAGCUCAAGCACAAUGGUGUCCUGAUGGCUCAAUUGUUGGUAUUGCUUGGGAUGCAAGACCUAGGAAGCUGGGUCUGGUUUAUUGUACUAACCGAUUGAGUUAUGUAUUCAAAAUAUCAUCGGAUGGAACAUUUUCGAUUUUAUCAGAGCAGGAUAAAGCAGUCCGUGCACCAAGAAUUUCACCAGAUGGUAAAUGGUUAGUUUGGAUACAAAGAGAUGUUGGCGGACCUCAUCUUGCAGCACAUACCAUUGUGAAAUUGGCUUGGCCGCCAACAGAUGAUUCGAAACCUGUAACUGUACUUGGGUCUGUCCAAAGGUCAAUCGAAAUUAAUAAUGGAAAGAAGUUCUUUGGUUUUUAUGGAUUAGAUUUUCCGAAGAGAUGUUGGAUUUCAGAUACUGAACUUCUAUUUUCAAGCGUUCAGUGGAAUGAAGUAAAGAGUUACAUAUUGAAUAUAGAUAGUUGCGCUUUAUCUGAACUAACAUCGACUGGUGAAGAUAAUUAUUCUAUGGGAUCAUUAACUAUUUUGGAUGUUAAAGAUGAUAUUGUAUGUUCUUCUUGGAGCUCAAUAAAAUUACCUCCUCAGCUUGUUGUUGGAAAACUUCAGCGAGACAGCGCGCUCAUAUCCUGGGUACCUAUUUCAAAAUCAAAUGUUAUUCCUGGACUUGAGAAUCAUUUUGUAGAAUAUCUAAAUCUUGAACAUAAUUCUAAUGAAGAAAUUAAUAACUGUGGUGCACUAUAUUAUGGAAAGCAGGAUAGCAUGGAAGGAAGUAGUCCGCUUCUAGUUUGGCCGCAUGGUGGUCCUCAUUCUGCAUUUACUAACAGUUUUUCAUCUGUUACUUCCUUUUUUGCUUUAUUAGGAUUUUCAAUUGUGCAGGUGAAUUACCGGGGCUCAAUAGGGCAGGGCCAGGCCAGUAUUGACUUCUUGUUGGGUCGUGUAGGUGAUAGUGAUGUUCGAGAUUGCAAACUUGCAACAGACACAUGCAUCAAAAUGUUUAAUUGCUCAGCUCAGCGCUGUGUAUUGUUUGGUGGAUCCCAUGGGGGAUUUCUUGUCACGCAUCUAAGUGGACAGUAUCCUGAUUCAUACUGUGCCGUUGCUGCAAGGAAUGCCGUGAUUGAUAUUUCUACAAUGAUCUAUUCAUCUGAUAUACCAGAUUGGUGUGCUGUGGAGAUAGGUGCCAAAAAAUUAAUUGAGGAUGGACCUGUGGAUGAAAAUCUCUUAAAUAAGAUGCGAAACGCAUCGCCUAUUGCUCAUGUUCAUAAAGUAAAAGCGCCUACGAUACUCAUGGUUGGUAGCAAAGACUUGCGUGUACCACCUUCACAAUCUAUGUUGUACUAUAAUAAAUUGAGGGCUAAUAAUGUAACUGUGAAGAUGUUGCUCUAUGAGGACAAUCAUCCCCUCUCCAAGCCACCAGUCGAUAUUGAUAACUUGAUCAACGCUGCAAUUUGGCUGGUGCAACACUCUGGGAUAAGCAUUAAGUAAUGACUUCGAAUCAUUGAUAUAUUUUUGUAGUCAUCCGGUUUCGGGCAAAUAAGGAAAAAAGUGAAAAAAAGUGACCGCUAAUUAAUACCAGGAUUUCGCAAAAGACAUUUUCUAAAAUUCCAAUAAAUACUUUAACUCACCGGCGC